GACAGGUCAAACCUAUCUGCCACAUCUCUAAUGCGGGCCAUUCACUAGACGGACCUGAACUCGGACGGCAACCGGGACCCGACUGACGACUCAUCCACGUUUGUCAAUACAUUAGACGGAAAUUACACGAACCCUGCAAAAGAGCUCAUUUGUACACUGAAUGUGGCGAACCCAAUAGCACUAUGUCUCCGAUAUUAUCAAAAAAGGCGAAAGUUGCUUUGGCUGUAGGUACAAUCAUAUUAUUAGAAUCAGAAAAAAAAAAAAAAACGUGUUUGGGUGAAAGAAUGGCUGCAAAAGAGGGAACAAUUUACUCAUUUGCGACUAUUGAAAUGUAUCCAAUCAUGUGAACCACUUGAUGUUAUAAAUUACCUCAGAAUGGACUAUGACGCAUGCCAAGAAUUAUUAAUGCUAGUAAAACCUCUGAUAGAAAAGAAGAAUACUUUAUUCAGAGAAGCAGUAAGCGUUGAAGAACGUCUGUUGGCCACCUUGAGGUUUCUGGCAACUGGAAGGAGUUAUGAAGACUUAAAGUUUUCUUGUAUAAUUUCUCCUCAGUUACUUGGAAGAAUAAUUCCAGAAAAGUGUCGUGCUAUAUACAACUGCCUCCGGAAGAAAUACUUAUGUUUUCCAUCAAAAGAAGAGGAAUGGCUCAAAGUAGCAGAAGGAUUUAACAAUAUGUGGCAAUUUGAAAAUUGCUUAGGAGCCGUAGACGGCAAACACAUAGCUAUCAAACAGCCCCCAGGAAGUGGUUCAUACUAUUAUAACUAUAAAGGAUUUUUCAGUGUUGUGUUGUUUGCUAUCGUAAAUGCUAAUUAUGAAUUUACUUAUGUAAGUUGUGGAACUAAUGGAAGAAUAUCAGACGGGGGGGUCAUUAAGAAAACAGAUUUUUACAAUUUACUGAUAACAGAUUCUUUAAAAUUACCCCAACCAGUCAAUAUGCGAGGAAUUCAAAAUAAAUUACCCUUUGUGUUUAUUGGGGACGAAGCCUUUAGUCUACUGACAAAUUUCAUGACGCCAUACAGACAAACCAACAGUAUUGGUUAUGAAGAAAAAUGUUUCAACUAUCGACUUUGCCGUGCCAGGCGCGUAGUAGAAAACGCAUUCGGGAUCAUGGCAAAUAGAUUCAGGAUUUUCCUAACGCCAAUAGCUACUAAAGUGGAUACAGUUGAUGAUAUCGUUAUGGCAUGCUGUGUUUUACACAACUUUUUACGCCGCAAAAGCACUUCUUACAUACAACCUAGUAACAUCGAUACUGAAGACAUUAUCUCAGGGACUGUAUUGAUAGGUGAUAUGCACAUGAAUGGAGAACUAAUAUCAUUAGAUGUGUCCAGGCAAGGAUCUCCGACUAUUGACGCAAAGAUGAUACGAAAUGGAUAUAAAGAAUAUUAUAAUAAUGCAGAACAAAACGAUGGAAGUCUAAAUUCCAGUGUAGACAGUGCAGGCCAAAUGCAAAAUGAAGUCAAACGCUCUGCUGAUCUGCUAUCGCCAAUCACUUUGGUCUACAACAUAGCGGUUAAAAGGAACCUGAACGUUACAUUUGAAGUAUUGAACGAAAAGGGUCCACCGCAUAUGAAAGUGUUUGUAACUCAAUGUCGUGUGGGCAACUUUGUCGCUGAUGGUGAAGGCUACGGAAAGAAGAUAUCCAAGAAACGUGCUGCUGAAAAAAUGUUGGAAGAGCUCUUCAAACUGCCUCCUUUACCGGCUGAUAAGGAUAUCGCUCAGCCUAAACGUAAACGAGUACCUAUCAAGAUGAAAACCAGAAAUCUCAUCAAGGUGAACGUAGACAACAGCGAGAACGUCGAAGAAAUCAACCCGAUAGCACAACUGGUUCAAAUCCAGCAGGCUAACAGAGAACGGGAACCAGUGUACACAGUAUUAGAAGAACGCGGUGCCCCCAGAAGGAGGGAAUUCGUUAUAAAAGCGUCCGUGAAUGGCCAUUCUUGUACUGGCGUUGGCCCCAACAAGAAGACCGCCAAAAGAAAUGCGGCCGAAGCUCUCUUGGUUGAACUUGGCCAUUCCACGAAUACAUCAAACAAGAAACAAUGUUGCCCUAAGACAGAUAAGGUAAGGUAA